GAGGAAACGUAGCACACUCCUGGCAACGACAUAGAUCAGCCACGACCUGCACAGGCACCUCGCUGCUUAACGAAUCUCCUCGUCGUCGCCUCCAUCUCCCACCCGGUCGCGCGCAUCACCACUUGGGAAGCUCCGGCGUGCAGGAAACGUCGGCAGUGCUGGCACAAGCACGGAGGGGCUGGCUGAGAAGUGCGGUCUGCGAGAGCACUCGCCCGCAAUACGCCCAUCGCUGCUCGCCCUCUCCAUAACCACACCCGCAGCCCACCAUGGCGACAUUCCUCGAGAACUCGUACAGCCUGGUGCACCAGGACAACCUCGCCGAUCUACCAUCGCAGCAGGACCUCAAGAACCAGCUGGAGAAGGGCACCGAUGAGAGCAAGCAGGAGACGAUGCGGCGCAUCCUGACCGUCAUGCUCAAUGGCGAUCCCAUGCCAGGUCUGCUGAUGCACAUCAUCCGCUUCGUUAUGCCUAGCAAGAAUAAGGCGCUCAAAAAGCUGCUGUACCUAUACUACGAGAUCUGUCCCAAGCUGGACUCCAAUGGCAAGCUGAAGCAGGAAAUGAUUUUGGUCUGCAAUGGCAUCCGAAUGGACCUUCAACACCCAAACGAGUACAUCCGCGGCAACACACUCCGCUUCCUGUGCAAGCUGCGCGAAGCCGAGCUCAUCGAGCCACUCCUAGCACCUGCGCGCGCCUGUCUCGAACACCGCCACUCCUAUGUGCGCAAAAAUGCCGUCUUCGCCAUUGCGUCCAUCUUCCAGCACUCCGAACACCUCAUGCCCGAUGCUCCCGAGCUCAUCCAGAACUUCCUCGAGUCCGAAAGCGACAACACUUGCAAACGCAAUGCCUUCGCCGCCCUUCUUAGCAUCAGCCACGAAAAGGCUCUAGAAUACUUGAGUGGUGUGUUUGAGGGAAUCCCCAACUCGAGCGAACUGCUGCAGCUCGUGGAGCUCGAGUUCAUUCGGAAAGAUGCAGUGUUGAAUCAGGGAAAUAAGGCACGAUACCUUCGACUCAUCUUCGAUCUUCUCGAAGCAAAGGAGUCAACUGUGGUCUACGAAGCUGCUUCGUCGCUCACAGCUCUCACCACAAACCCCGUAGCUGUGAAGGCUGCGGCGUCCAAGUUCAUUGAGCUUGCCAUCAAGGAGUCGGACAACAACGUCAAACUUAUCGUUCUCGAAAAGGUCAAUGCCUUACGCAAGGCCAACGAGGGCAUUUUGGACGACCUGGUCAUGGAGAUAUUGCGCGUACUUUCGAGCCCCGACUUGGACGUGCGCAAAAAGGCUCUGGAUCUGGCCAUGGAUAUGGUGUCUAGCAAAAACGUGGAAGAGGUCGUAUUGUUACUCAAGAAGGAGUUGACCAAGACCGUGGACGAGCAGUACGAGAAGAACAACGAAUACCGAUCGCUUUUGAUUCACUCGAUACAUCAAUGCGCCAUCAAGUUUUCGGAGAUUGCACAGAGUGUUGUCGGCUUGCUCAUGGACUUCAUCUCCGACUUCAACAACGCGUCAGCCGUAGAUGUCAUCUCUUUCGUCAAGGAGGUUGUGGAACGAUUCCCGAACAUGCGCAGCUCGAUAGUUGAAAGACUAGUUUCAACUCUCAGUGAAGUGCGUGCUGGCAAAGUCUAUCGCGGCAGUCUGUGGAUCAUCGGAGAAUACUCCCUGGAGGAGAAAGACAUCAGAGAUGCGUGGAAGCGCAUUCGGGCCAGCCUUGGCGAGAUCCCUAUCGUUGCGUCCGAGCAGCGACUGCUGGAGGAGCAACCAGAUGGCGACGCAGAAGUCAAUGGACAAACAAAUGGCGAUGUCAAACCUGCACAACCAAGCGGCUCAAGGAAAGUGCUCGCAGAUGGCACAUAUGCCACAGAAAGUGCGCUCACGAGUGAUGCAUCCGCCAAAGCCAAGUUGGACGCUGUGAAGGCUGCGCAGAAACCACCUCUCCGCCAACUCAUCCUCGAUGGGGAUUACUUCCUGGCUACAGUGCUGUCUUCCACGUUGACGAAGCUUGUGAUGCGACACUCAGAGAUCUCUAAUGACGCAGCGCGAACAAACGCCCUCCGCGCUGAAGCCAUGCUGAUCAUGAUCUCGAUCAUCCGCGCGGGCCAGUCGCAAUUUGUGAAGGCACCAAUUGAUGAGGACUCCGUGGACCGAAUAAUGGCCUGCGUGCGAUCACUCGCGGAGUUCCAACAAAAGAAGGACCUCGAGGUCGCGUUCCUCGACGAUACCAGGCAGGCCUUCAAGUCGAUGGUGCAGGUUGAGGAGAAGAAGCGAGCUGCGAAAGAAGCCCUUCUCCAGGCAAAGAACGCGAUCCAGGUCGAUGAUCUAGUAUCUAUCCGGCAGCUGAAACCGAAGAAUGCCGUUGACAACGCCGAUGAAGCAGAGAUUGACUUGGAAAAAGCCACGGGCGGCGAUGCGACGACCGAAGAUCUCACUUCGAAGCUCAGCCGGGUCGUGCAAUUGACUGGUUUCUCGGAUCCUGUUUAUGCGGAAGCAUAUGUGCAAGUCCAUCAGUUUGAUAUCAUCCUCGAUGUGCUACUGGUCAACCAGACGCGCGAGACAUUGCAGAAUCUCUCCGUCGAGUUCGCCACACUGGGCGACCUCAAAGUCGUCGAGAGACCUACGACUCAGAACUUGCCAGGGCUCGACUUUCUCAAUGUGCAGGCAACCAUUAAGGUCUCAUCAACAGAUACCGGCGUCAUCUUUGGCAACGUGGUAUACGAUGGGCACUCGUCGACCGAAUCGAACGUUGUCAUCCUCAAUGACGUACAUGUGGAUAUCAUGGAUUACAUACAGCCAGCAUCGUGCACUGAGACCCAAUUUAGAACGAUGUGGACCGAGUUUGAAUGGGAGAACAAGGUCAACAUCAACACAAAGAUGCCAUCGGGCGCAGGCCUGAGAGAAUUCUUACAGCGGCUGAUGAAGGUGACGAAUAUGAGUUGCCUGACACCUGAAGCAAGCUUGGAGGGCGAAUGCCAGUUCUUGAGCGCCAAUUUAUAUGCUCGAAGCGUUUUCGGGGAGGAUGCUCUCGCUAAUCUCAGCGUGGAGAAAGAAGGCGAAAACGGUCCUGUGACUGGUUUCAUGCGGAUACGCAGCAGGUCGCAAGGCCUUGCAUUGAGCCUCGGGUCAUUGAAAGGACUCAGCAAAAUUGGCGAAAUGGCAGUAUGAAGGAGUGAGUGAUGGUAGAAAGCCAGUAUUGCAGUGGCCGAGUCGCGGUUGUCAGGAUGAGCGUGGCGUCUGGCGCACACUGAACAGGAUUCAAAGCUGAGUCGUGGCAAAAGCGAGCUUCUUGUCGUGGCUAGAGCGCCAUUACUGAUGAAGCAAUGUAGAGCAGCGCAUGCAUAUUUAGAACGAUUAUUGAACCUACUGCGUCACCAAUGGACGCACUCCUAUCUCGAAGGAUACCUGGCG